CGCAGCGGUGCACUCUGCGAGAGAAUCUUGUUGGCCAGCUUCGGACUGCCGUGUACUCUGAUGACAGGCUCUUGUGCUGUCGGGCAAGGCCGGGGUAGCUCAAAGAUAUCGUUCUGAGCAAAGCAUUGUACAUCACGUGUAACUCGACAACGAAUCUAUUUGAGACGGCGUGCGUGGUUGUCAUUCGAAAUAGUCGCGACGCGUUUCUGACUUCCGCAUCGGAAGAGGCGCUCAGGCCUGUCAUAAAAUCUCUCAUAUCCAUCGUACACUGCUUCUAUACCCUCUUCCAACAUCGCCGCGCUUGAAUCGUAGUAGCGACAAAGUGUCCGCAGCCAUGCCAGGCUUGCGCAAUGCUUUGACAUGGUCCGCAACAAUGGAUGCGCGCUAUGAGCGAAAGACCGUCGGCUUGCUGUCACUUGCCGUGGCUGCAACCGGCACGAUCUUUGGUGAUCUCGGUACAUCGCCUCUCUACGUGCUCAACGGCAUUUUUCCUGCCGCCGGCGAUGCACCCUCUGCAGAGGAUGUCUUGGGCGCCGUGUCGGCCAUCGUCUGGUCGAUCACACUCGUGCCUCUCAUCAAGUACAUCAUCAUCGCUCUCGAAUUUGGUACAAAAGACGAACAAGCAGAAGACGUGAAUAAGGCGCCCCAGGAAGGAGGUCCCUUUGCUCUUUACGGGCAGCUGUACCUCUCCGAGCCGAAAGGCUCAGAGAUUACCAUGCCAACGAUCCAUACCCCCAGCUCGAGCCGCUUCAACGAGAGCAAGCGCUUCAUCGAUCGCGCAUUCGCUCGCACGACUAUUCUCGUCAUUGCGCUCGUAGCCGUCGGUCUGAUCAUGUCCGAUGGCAUCUUGACGCCUGCUGUCUCUGUCGUGUCUGCCGUUGGCGGCCUGGCAGUCGCAGUGCCCUCACUUAAUUCUAGCGACAUCGUUGGCAUUUCUAUCGCCAUCUUGGUCGUUCUGUUCGGCGCACAGCGUUACGGAACUGCUCGACUGGGCAGUCUGUUCGGACCGAUCGUUCUCGUUUGGUUUGCUCUGCUUGCUGGAACGGGCAUCGCCAACAUCGCCACUCAUCCGGGCAUCUUCCGAGCAUUCGAUCCCUCGCGUGCUGUGCUUUAUUUUGUUAGACAAGGCAGCAUCACGCCCUUAAGCGGCGUCUUGCUCGCCAUCACAGGUUGCGAAGCCAGCUACGCCAAUCUUGGCCAGUUCUCCAAAGGCUCUAUUCGACUGAGCUUUAUUGCCUGCGUCUAUCCCGCCCUUCUGUUAGCAUACCUUGGUCAAGGCGCUCGUCUGAUCGUCGAUCCGACCAACACGUUGAGCAAUGUGUUUUACAACUCGAUUCCACUCAAGACGGGAGGCGGGCUGUGGUACACUGUAUGGCUCUUCGGCAUCCUCGCGACCAUUGUCGCAUCGCAAGCUAUGAUCACCGCCUCGUUCUCUCUUAUUCAGCAGAUGGUCGGCAGCGGCUCCUUCCCGACAGUCGCAAUUCGUCAUACUUCGGAUAGUCAUCGUGGUCAGAUCUACGCGCCUGUGCCCAACCUUCUUCUGCUCGUCGGCUGCGUUGGCGUUGUCGUCGGCUUCGGCACUGAUUCCCGCCUGACAAACGCAUACGGCUUUGCCAUCUCGUUCUUGCUGUUUUUGACGACGAUGCUCUUGACCCUCGUAAUGAUCAACGUCCGUGCCAUCCCCGCCGUCGUCGCUGUCGCCUUUCUGCUCUUCUUUGGCUUCAUCGACGGCCUCUUCUUCUCUUCGUCUGUGCAAAAGAUCCCACAAGGCGCAUAUGUUACGCUGACGCUGGCAGUGGCGCUCGCUCUCUUUCUGUGCUUCUGGACCUGGGCUCGACACAAGGAAGACGUUUUCGAUGCAGCACAUCGUCUGCGGCUCAACGAGAUUUUCACACGCAGUAACGCUUUCGAGCCUGGCACGAGCGAAGAGGAGAAGACAGGAGCCACAACGGCCUUCUCGAUCGAGCCGAUCGACGAGCGAGCAGACCACGAAAUCGACGAAUUGGCAAGAACGACGAGCAAUGUGUCUGAGCAAAAGGUCAAGAUUGCUCGCAUUGCGGAGAAAGAUACCUCGAUCGGAGAACUGAUGCUUAUUGCCCCGGACGGACCCAUCAAGCUGCCUCGCAUGGAAUGUUUCUCGUUCUUUCACCAUCUCGGCGAAGGCGUCGGCGCGCCUCACAGCUUCUCGAGUCAGCUCCGUCAUAUGCCAGUCUUACCUCGCGUCUGUGUCUUUUUGGCGAUCAAGACCGUCAACGUGCCUCAUCUGCAAGAAGAGGACAAGUACAUGGUCGAUAAGCUCCGGGCGAUCGAUGGCCUGUACGUGAUGAGAUAUCGCUUGGGGUAUCGCGACAAGGUCGAUUUGCGCAACAUGGUCCAGCCUGUGCUCCAGCGUAUCGUCGAUAUGGAGCGAGGUGGUCGUCUGCCUGGAACGGCUGCAGAAAUCGAUGCAAAAGUCGCUCUGAUCGAAGCAGCUGCCCGUACGCCGACUCAUUUCUUACCGAGCUACCAUGUCACUUCGAAGGGCAACGACAUCAAGAUGGUCUGGCUUCGCAAGCCUCUCGAUGCUAUUCGUGCCUUCCUCCUUGAAGAAUGCUACAGAAGAGUCGCACAGAACUUUCCUCCUACUGCUGGCUAUAUCGUCGACGAGUCGCAGAUCCUUCGUAUUGGAGUCAAUGCCAGUAUCUAGAUUCAGUGGGACCUGGGAAUACUGUUGUGGUCUGUAGAAAUGACAUGAUUGCCGGUACAACCUAGAUCUAUAUACGUGCUUGUCUGGCGGCACGUUGCGGUGGCGGGCGGCUGACUCCUUGCGGUCUGAUCGCGCCUUGAAUAGCAGGUCGACCUGCAGGCUGCGAGAAUAUAAACUCAUGUAGCGCGCUGUCUCGAAUGAGCUCACAGGACGCGAUUUGAUUGGUGGCAAGGGAGCAGCCCGCAGGAGCGCAAUUGGCUUUGACGGCAAUAAAGUUGCGACUUGGGGCAAAUCAGCGGCAGGCGGAGGUGCCGGUGCUUGCAAGACAGGUACUGGUGGAGCUUGUUGAGCGAGGAUAGGUGGUCCUGCUGGAGCUGGAGCAGGGGCGGGCGGAGGUAUAUCGAGUGAGACGCGUUCGCCAGGCUCAGGCACCGUGACUGGCUUUUGCUGUGCUGCGGUCAAGCUGGCGAGCAGGGUCAAGAGCAGCACA